AUGGCAAAUUUAUCUUUGGCUUGUUUUACAAACGCUUCAAACAUCACCGAUAGAGAAGCAGAUGUCCUAUCGGUCGCUGGUUCUAUAAUCAUAAUCAUUAUCAACACCAUCACUUUUCCCUUCACAGUUCUGCUGAAUCUCCUGGUGAUAAAAGCUGUGAAAACAACGCCUCGACUCCAAACCAACAGCAACAUCUUGCUAGCCUGUUUAGCGGUGACUGACGCCUUAACUGGUCUCCUUUGCCAGCCAUUGUUUAUCCUGUGGAGAAUAUUCCUAUUAUUCGGUCUUAGUAAUAGUGACACGGUUGAACUUUUCUUUUUCACAUUUGUAGCUGUAAUUGUAACAGCUUCAUUCUUUCAUAUGAUGUUGGUUACGUUCGAGAGACUCAUAGCCAUCAAAUUUACGAUGCAAUACUCAAACAUUGUUUCCUAUAAUAACCUGAAGAUAGCAGUGCUAUCGAUUUGGAUCCUUUCUUUAAUCAAAGGGAUUCUAAGAAUGACUAUCUACAUAGUAUCCUUUUAUUUAACAUCGCUUAUCAUUAUUUCAAAUAUUCUUUUUCUUUUUUUCACUUACUUCACCAUCUAUCGAGAGACACGUCGGCACCAACAAAGGAUGAAAACUCAACAACUUCCACAAGAUGUAGCAGAAAGGUUUGUCAAAGAGAACAAGGCGCUUAAGACAACUGUGUUUAUAGUUGGUGCUGCUACUGUUUGCCUUCUGCCAAUUUGUUUUUGUUUUAUCGUAACAGUUACAGGCGUCUAUGGGAUUUGCCCCAUCAAAGUACGAUGGAUGGUAACAUGUGCCUUGUUAAACUCGCUUUUUAAUCCUCUAAUUUACUGCUGGAGACAAAAGGAAACGAGAAAAGUCAUUUUUGGACUAAGAAACCAGGUCGUGAAUGUAGAUAUCCAGUAAAGGAUGGGAAUGUAAAGAAAGGAUUACAACUUCAUAACUACGCGUGUAAAAAUUUUUCUUACGUCUUUUCCAGCAACUGCAUAAUAAUAAAUGUCAAUUAAGCUUUUGAUCACGAUAGAUGAUUGUCAGCCGCAUGGAAAAUUAAAACGUUAUUUGUAAUAAUUAUUUUGAUGCAAUAUUUGUUUGUCAAAUUAAAGGAAACGCUUUCUUUCUGUUCAAUGUUUCUAAAUAUUAACUAGGGGAUAUUUUCUAACUUCUUUGUUUGUGUUUCGCUAAAAGUAAGCGUAAGCUUAGUAUUGAAAAAUAAACCUCGGGUCUCACAUUUUUCCAGUGGUUGUUUAGAAAAACUUCGAUUCACUUUAGGGUUUGUGUGUUUCCACUUACCUUUUUCGUGCACAUGAAUUACGGUAAUUCUUAAUUCAUGAGGUUGUUGAUUUUGUUGGAAAUAAGUUUGGUUGGACUUGAGAAAGCUAAAAUAUGGAGGAAAAACUCAAAAGAGUCGUUUGAGGGAAUAUCACCUUUUCACCGCACUCAAAUUACUAUAAAUCGUUAUAUCGCCAUGAUUAAUGAGAAAAUAGAUAAAAUAAGUGAUUUUAGUCUAAUUGAUGUAUAGUUCCGUUAACUUAGCAUGAGUUAACGAGUUAUUGUUAAUUUGCGAGCUUCAAUGAAAGUACUCUCAAACAAAAAUUGUCCUCAUCAUAUAGUAAAACAAACACCAAAUUUCCACCAUGAACAAUGAAGAUAUCUCUUAACUAGAUAUUCCAAAGUGUUAUCAAUCGUAAAAAAAUUCCAACAAACUUCUUAAAAUGGGAAAACAAAGUUUUCUUAAUGUAAAUUUUGCUUGCAUCACAAGCAUCAAUUUUCAAAAAAUAACAAUGCAUUGUUUUUCUGUGUUUUCGCUUUCAACAAAACAAUAAAACUGAGGCCGAUAUCAAAUUAAUUGAAAUUUCUAAUGGUAGUCCUAAAACGAACCGAAAACGGUGAGCUUUAAACUCACAGUGAUUUAUCUAUAGAUGGUAAUAGAAAAUUUGCGAUGCACAUACUUGUCCGUAAACCCUAGGACUAUUGUUAAUAAUAUCAAACAAAAAUUGAUAUGAAAUAAUAUGUAAUCAUUAACUGAGUGGGAGGGCUGGACGGGAUAAUAUUUGGCUCGAGGUUAUGACCUACGGGCCGAGCGCAACGAGAUCCUUGCUUCGUGACUGACAGCCAAGUACUUUCCCAUCCGGCCUGACGAAACUCAGUAAAUAAGAGUUUUGUCAAAUGACCACCUCCAAGACAGGAAGAAAUAGACGGGCGCACGACAACCAAUGAAAAGAUUCAACAGUAAAAACGUUUCCUUGGUUUUUUUGAGUCCGGACAAGAAACUCACAAUUCAGCGAAAAAACGCGAAUUUUUUACUCUUUUAGCUUUUCUUUAAGUUUAUGAAACAAAGCCGUGUGAGUGCAGGGCUGAACGGCUUUCAUGUCCGGCCCUAAACACGUCAGUUUUCACAUUGCCUUUCCAUGGAAUUGCACACCGGAGCCCUAAGGAUCAUUUGUCAUGUUGCUUCCAAUGCAAAUCUAAUAUAUGCUGUACCACUCACUUGCUCGUUGAAUCAAAAAUCAUGUGCAAUACGGUUUUCGUAGAUAAUCACUGAUUGGCAAAGCCUACAUUUGCGGUAUUGUUUCAACGUAUUGUUGUUAGUGAGGUGGCCUUCCCACAAGGGGCGGUUUCUUGAGGUCUCUUCGCCUUAUAACUGAUCUAAAUCCAUUGAACAUAAUUCUUAAAAAAGGCAAAUAAAAAUGAUGAUAAUGAUGUUGACUGUUUUCAACACAGUGAAUGCGACUUUAUGUUUGAAUCGCUUAACAGGAAACGUUUAGUUACUGUUAAUUUUUUUCAAGAUAACAACUACCUCCUUUUGUCUUCUCAAAGUUAUUUCUUGUUGUUUAGUUUUUUCCUGAAGCUUUGAGGCUUAAUGCGAAUAAAUGUCUAGGAAUUGCAUCUUUUCUUUAGCUCGAAAGUCAAGGAGCACAAAUAAUGCCAUGCAAUGUUUGAGCCUAUUGGACAGCUACUACAGCAUUAGCUUGUAACCUUUCUAAUCGAAAGGCAGUAUAUAAUAUUAUUAUUAUUAUUUUAUUAUUAUUAUUAUAGUAAAUAUAUGAAUAUGAAAGCGAGCUUGUUAGCUCAGUUGGCAGAGCGCUGCACUGGCAUCACAGAGGUCAUGGGUUCAAAUCCAGUUCAGGCCUGAUUUUUUUCCAGACACCUAAAUUUUCACUACUGCUCAAGUAGUGUUCUUACUACGAAGAUCGCUUUCAUGAUCGUUUCUUAAUGCGCAGUUCGUAUGAAUGAUUUUCAUAUAUUUACAGUCAUUUAUUCAUCGUUCCACGGGUUUAUUUGAAACCAGCAUAAUGACCAGCUCCCAUUUGGCCUAUUAGCUCAGUUGUAGAGCGCUGUACCGGUAUCACUGAAGUCAUCGCGUACAGGCCUGAGUUUAUUUCAGGCCCUAUUUUCACUGCUGUUCAAGUAAUGUACUUACUGCGAAGAUCACCUUCAUAUUCAUUUCGUAACCUGCAGUUCAUAUGUAUGAUUUUCAAAUAUUAAAUCGCAUGAAAGAAAGCAACGAAAACGAUACAUGAAUACGACAAGGCCCGUUAUCUAACGUAUAUCGGAAAGCUGAGUAAAUUUUCAGCAUUCUAAAAAUCCAAACAAUGAAAGAUAAGACUUAACUACUAACGUUGCUCUCUUCAUGAGGAUAAAAGUUACAAUUUUUGAGUAUUGAAUAGUAAAUGUAAUCACUGCGCACGAGUCUCUUGAAAGUAACCAGCAUCAGAUGAACACAUGACGCCAGUACCAUCAGUGCCGUAACAUACGGGAAAUGGAAAUUUUAAACUUUUUCACUGUUACUGAGACCAAAUAGUAGGGAAAUCCUCCACAGAAUCGAAGAUGGCUGGCCAAAGAGACCAGUUAAUGUGUCAGACACCGUUAGACAGGACAGUGAGAUGUUGCUGUUGGAUUCGGAGUCGUGAUCUUGUUUUCAAAACUAUAUCACCAGUACUUUAAGGAGAACUAUUAAGGGACAAGUGGUGGUGUUGAUGACGAUGGUCAUAAAAUAACUGACCACCAAUAGGACAUCUGCUGUGCCACCUUCUUCACUGGUUAAAUUUGUAGCCUUUGAAAACUAUCCAGGGAAAAAUUUGCCAUGUAUAAUUGGAAACUUAAUGCAACUAAACAACCGUUUCUACCUGACGUUUACCAUUACAUAAUACGGAGAAAGUCAGGUUUAAUUUUUCAUCUCCUGGGAAUAACUAGAGAGUCCACAUAUGCACGACAACAAUACACUACAAAACUGAAUCGGAAACGCUUAAGUUCGCCUAAUCAGAUAAAUUUCUGUCAGUCUCUGCCUAUAAAUAAAUCUUAAUCCAAAAGUGACUGAAACCCAUUUUUAAUCCCAUCUUACUUAUACUGUGAAAUUGAUUUUUAAAAGUCCAGAAUCGUUUCAGCCCAAGAGAGUCCAUUCAAUUGAAGUUGUGGCAACAACAAGUAAUGUCUUGAUUGCCUUUUCACAUAACAUGCUCUAACUUCAGGAAAUUAUUUCGCUUUCCAUGGCUAGAUAAAUGUUUCGUGCACGUUUAACUCAUUAGUUUUCGUCCGUCAAAUAAAAUUUUGUAUUAAAAAGAGAAAAUAUCAACUCAUGAUCCUUUGACAUCUAUUGUGCUUUGGCACCAUGGGCUUAAAGAAAGUAUUUGCAUUACUGCUUUUUCAUGGUCCGUUAAAUCAUUCGAAAGUUUAAAUUUUACUUAUACAGCACAAGGCCUCGCAAUUUGACUCAUUACACUAAGCCAGGAUGCAGGAAUUAGAAAGUAAACUGAUUUGAAUACAUGUUGAGCGCAACCGCUCAGAAAAUUAUGAAAAUUAUGAAAGUUUUUACUUUUAGGAAUAAGGUUGAAUUAAAUAAAUAGCAAUAAGAUUAAGCAAAAGGAUAAUGUUCAAUACCGUUUUAAAACGAGGAAAUAACUUUUACAUGCCACAUGGAUUGAUUGAGUUUGCAAGUGAUGUGAGCCAAUCACUCGUGUAAUUUCAUCGGUUCACGAUGCAUUUUGCGGCAGCUGGAAGCAAGGGUUUUUUACGGAAACACCAGAAAAAUUUUGAUGGGUAAAAAGUCUCGAACGUACGGAACAAUUCGAUAUGUUUUGUGCAAACCACACUUUUACUGAACAUCGACUUAAAACGUUCCUUAGGUCGUCGCUUUCACGGUCCUAAUUUUCAUGCUCACGUAACGGACCACAUGCACGCUUUUAGCUCUAUCUUUUUCCCCUUCAAUGAUCCAUUUUAAUUUCUCCAAUUUACAGGAGAUAAUUUGUACACCAAAUUUAUGCAAUAAAAUAUAGGUCACCGUGCUCGUUCAAGAGCUGAAGACCAUCUUACCUCUUUACCCGGUCCAUUGAUUGAAAAACAAUAAUGCGCGCGCGAUUACUCGCCUGAUUACUUUUUAGUUUUUAUUUCCAGUACAUGAUGUGCAGUGAAAUAUUAAAGAAUCACCUUCAAAGUUAUUUCCUCGUUUUCGGUCCUCGCGGGAAGCUAGGCUGUUUAUUGCAAUUACUACCCAUUAUAUUCAACCUGUUUCCUUACAGCGAAGCAUCACUCUAUCAAAGGAAAAGAGAAAUGUAAAAUAGAUUUCAGAGGUAUGUUUCCCAUAGGUAACCGAUUUAAUUUCCAUACUUAAGAUUAAGGCAUUCUCUUUCCUGGAUAAUACGAUAUGUUAUCAAUUAAUCGCAAACCAUAAUUAAAGAAACUCUUACAGCCUUCGCAAACGGGUGAAACAACAUUUUCUUCAUGCGUAUUUCGUUUGCAUCAUUUGCCUCAUUAGCAAUCGUUCAAAAACUAUUCAUAAUUUUCUGAGCGGCUGCGCUAAAUAUGUGUUUAUUUUUUUUUACCUUAUUGCUCUCCUAUCUUUGUUUCAUUGAUUUGAAUUACGGAAUACUGCGAGGAAAAGUGGGAGGUUUACGCCCAAGGCAAAUUGUAAAACCACGGCACGGAAGAUCAUGGGACCGGUGUCAAAUCAUUUGAUAUUUUUAAUGAAUCUUUCUUGAGGAACCUUAAACGGUGAGCUUUAAACUCAAAUUGAUUUACAUAUCAAUGGCCAUGAAAAAGCCGCGAAAUUGAUGUCAAACUGAAGAAUUGGUAUAUGUUUUUCUUUCAAUGCAAAUCUAAUCUAACGAACGAAAACUAAUCAGUUCAUGAAACACGAACCACUUAUCAAUCAAUCGAUAGCGAAAAAUAAUCCUCAGAAAUUAAGUGAUUUUUUUUUUCUUCACGUACUUUUCAUCACGUUCGGUCGAGCUCUCAAGCGCUGAAACUAUUUUUUGGCAAUACCUGGAAAAUCUAAUUAAAAAAUGACAUCAAUCACUUUAGGAAUAGGGUUUAUUAAUGGCAGAGCUUCAGGAAAAUCCUUUUGAUUAGGCGGCGUUUAGCGAUUCUGAUUCAGCUUUUUCCUACAUUGUUGCUGGACACAUGUCGAAUGAAAAGUUAUUCUCAGGAGAUGCUUAAACCAUUCUCUAUUAAAGGCAUAAGAUUUUCUCUGCCUUUACCUGCCUCCGAUUUCAUGCCAGAGACAGAACGCCUGCUUAAAAAGUUGUUCUGAGACACAUACUUGUCUCGCAUAUAGCCUCCAAAUCGACAUGGUAGACGUUUCCUUGGCCAGUUUUACAAACUUUACAAACAAAACUAGCAGAGAAGACGACACAGCAGAUGUACCUCCGGUGGCUGGUGCCAUAAUCAUAAUCAUAAUCACCAUUAACACUAUCACUUGUCCCUGCACAGUUCUGCUUAACGUACUUGUGAUAAAGGCUGUGAAAACGACGCCUCGACUCCGUACCAACAGCAACAUCUUGCUGGCCUGUUUAGCGGUAACUGAUGCCUUAACUGGUAUCCUUGGCCAGCCAUUCUUUGUCCUUUGGAAGAUAUUCCUAUUAUGCGGUCUCAGUAACAGUAAAACGUUUGAAAACUGCUACUAUGGAACUGUAAUCAUGUUGCUUAUAGCUUCAUACCUUCAUCUGAUGUUGGUUACUUUUGAGAGACUCGUAGCCAUUAGAUUUACGAUGCAAUACCCAAACAUUAUAACUGAGAAUAACAUGAAGAUAGCUGUGUUAGUAGUUUGGAUCAUUUCUUCUAUUUGGGGGAUUUUUGAUGCGAUGGAAUUGGAUCUAGCGCUACGUUUUAUGUCUGGCUCUGUUACUUCUUCAUGUAUUGUUUUCCUUUGUGUCGCUUAUUUCAUCAUGUAUCGUGAAACACGUCGUCACCAAGAGAAGAUAAAAACUCAACAACUGCCCCAGGAAGGAGUGGAAAAAUUCACCAAAGAAAACAAAGCGCUUAAGACAACUUUAUAUGUAAUUUGUGCUAUUCUUUUUUGCCUCUUUCCA